CAUCUGCUCCUCCGCCUAGACCAGGAUUUGCCUCACGCAGUGCGUUUCCAUCUGCGUCCGAGUUUAUUUCAAAUUAUUAGAGCAAACUUUACCGAUCUGAAAGAAUUCUGAGGAAAUUCCAGCUCUACCUUUUCCUCUUUUGAAAACGGCCAGAGAAAGCUGAAAUAUGGUGUUCUGUCGUGACUGCAUGAGAGAAUAAGGGCAGGAUCAGGACCUACAGAGGGAAUACCAACUGUCAGGACAUGGAUCUUAGAGGGAUGUCACCCUUCCACAAGGUGUUUCUACAUUUCUUGCUGCUCACUAAGUUCCUUCUGCCUUCUGGCACAUUGAGUAUACCCAAUUUCAUCAAGUCCCCAGAUGAUCAGACAGGGAUCUAUGGAGGUGUUGCUUCAUUCAUUUGUCAGGCUACAGGUGACCCUAAACCUCUUAUUACCUGGAUGAAAAAAGGGAAGAAAGUCAACUCUCCGCGCUUCGAGGUCAAAGAGUUUGAUGACAAGUCAGGCUCAGUGCUGCGUAUUCAGCCGUUGAGAACCAACCGUGAUGAAGCCAUCUAUGAAUGCACAGCCACCAACAGUGCUGGAGAGAUCUCUGCACCUGCCAAGCUUAUUGUCUUAGAGGAGGACCAGAUACCUGCUGGUUUCCCCAACAUAGACAUGGGACCCCAGCUGAAGGUUGUGGAGCGAACAAAUACAGCUACGAUGCUGUGUGCAGCCAGUGGAAACCCAGACCCUGAGAUUUUCUGGUUUAAAGAUAUGUUGCCUGUGGACAUCAGCAGCAGUAAUGGGAGGAUAAAACAGCUGCGGUCAGGAGCACUUCAGAUUGAAAACAGUGAUGAGUCUGACCAGGGCAAGUAUGAAUGUGUAGCUGUGAACAGCGCUGGCACUCGCUUUUCUAGUCCUGCCAACCUUUAUGUUCGAGAGGUGGCAGAGGUCCGGCGUGUGCCUCCUCGUUUCUCCAUCCCACCCACUAAUUGUGAGGUGAUGCCUGCUGGCAGUGUCAACCUGACAUGUGUGGCAGUGGGUUCUCCAAUGCCUUUGGUCAAGUGGAUGAGUGAUGAAGUGGAGCUGACCCAGGAGGAUGAGCUACCCCUUGGCCGUAAUAUCCUGCAGCUUACCAAUAUUAAACAAUCUGCUAACUAUACCUGUGUUGCCAUCUCAACUUUGGGUAUGAUUGAGACCACAGCUCAAGUCUUUGUCAAAGCUCUUCCGAAGAUGCCCAUCUUUCUGCAGGUGGUAGAGACCACAGCCACCAGUGUUACUUUAACAUGGAAGUCUGGGAACGCCGAGCCUGUGUCCUACUAUUUGGUUCAGUACCGUUCUAAAACUUCUGGCAAUGAUUUUCAGGAGAUAGAUGGUGUAGCCUCAACUCGCUACAGCAUUGGCGGUCUUAGCCCCUUCUCUGAAUAUGAAUUCCGUGUCCUGGCCUCUAAUAGUGUUGGGCGUGGGCCUCCAAGCAGUAUUGUGGAAAUUCGUACAGGUGAGCAGGCACCAUCAUCACCACCGCUUCAUGUACGGGCACGAUUAUUGAGCUCCACCACCAUACUGGUGGAGUGGGAAUUUCCUGAGGAGCCAAAUGGUCAACUGCAAGGUUAUCGGAUCUUCUACAGUUCUGAGCCCACUAAUCCACUCAGCACCUGGCAGAUACAUAACACCAAUGACAGCAAGUUCACGUCCAUCUCAGAACUCACGCCUAACAUCACUUACAGCCUAAGGAUGCUUGGCUUCACAUCUAUGGGAGAUGGGCCACUGUCUGAUGUUCUGCAGUUAAAAACCCAGCAAGGAGUUCCACUCAAGCCAUCUGGUUUUGAGGCCGAGGCAGAACUGGACACCCGGAUAAUGCUGUAUUGGCUUUGGCCUGUCCAAGACCACAUCAUCAGUUAUGAACUAAGUUACUGGGAGGCCAACAGCCCCACAAACAAGCAUCAUGUCUCUCUCAGUGCAGCAGGCUCGUUUGCCGUUGAUGGUCUGAAGCCAGAUACGCUGUACUUGUUUUCCAUAGCAGCACGCUCUGAAAGAGGCUUGGGAGUUUUCACUCAACCUAUUCAGGCCAGGACAACCAAAUCCAUGCUUGGACCUCCUCCCAGAAAGGUGGUGAUAGAAACCCUUAAUUCCACUACUAUCAAGAUGUCUUGGAAGGCCCCAUUGUCAGUGAAGCAGUAUGGGCAGAUUCAAGGUUACCAUGUUCUCUGUUCCAAGUUAAAGAAUGGAGAACCCCAUGGUCAGCCUGUCGUCAGUGACAUUUCAAACCCUAAAGCUCAGGUUGCAGUGCCUGGAAAGCCCAGUAUGAUGAUCAGUACAAUGAUGGGGAAUACUGCUAUGAUCCAAUGGCAACCUCCUAAGGAAAUGAUGGGAGAGCAUUUAGGCUACCAACUGCAGUACAAGAGAGCAGAUGAGAAUACUUUUAACGUCAAACAUUUCAGGAAGACAGAUGAUCAUUUUACACUUACCCACCUCCUUAAAGGGGCUACUUACAUUUUCAAACUGUCUGCUAAAAACCAAGCAGGCACUGGUGAAGAAUAUAUAAAGGAGAUGAGCACCCCUGAAGACAUGCCCAGUAGCUACCCCCAGAAUCUGAGAGUGGCAGGCCUCACCUCCACUUCAACUGUACUGGUUUGGGAACCUCCUCCUCUGUCUGAGAGGAAUGGAAAUAUUAUAGAUUAUGUAGUGGUAUAUAGGGAUAUUAAUAGCAAGCACAACAAUACCAACAGUACCACAGAGACACGAAUGACUAUCCUGGACUUGCAGCCUGACACAACUUAUGACAUCAGAGUCCAAGCUUUCACCAACAAAGGAGGAGGACCUUUCAGCCCCAGCAUUCAAAGCAGAACCACGUCAUCAUCUGUGCCAGUGUUUGUCAAAAACUUUGGCGUGAAGGCUGUGAUGAAAACAUCUGUCCUUUUGUCCUGGGAAGUACCAGAAACAAACAAAUAUCAAGUUCAACUCAAGAUUCUGUACAACAACCAAAAGGUGGAAAUUCAAGGUGACCUGAAGAAGAAGCUGAUCACACGGCUACAACCAGAUACAUAUUAUUCUUUUGUGCUGAUGAGCUAUGGGAAUGGAGCAGGUGACCUCCAGCAACAGGUUUCUGUUCGAACCGCUCCAGACCUGCUAUCAGUGAAACCAACUCGAUAUCAGCCCAGUGUGGAUGAAGACUGGGUGACUAUUGUUAUGCCUGAGGUCCCAGCUGAAGCCCAUGUAAGGUGGUUCUACAUAGUUGUAGUCCCUGAGACCGUUGUUUCUUUGGAGAGCUGGAAAAACCCUGAAGACAUAGACAUAUGUGAGAUCCUGGAGGCUGAUGCUGACAACACAGGUCAGACACAGAGUCAGGAUUUUCUACAGCCCUUCAUUGUUGCUAAGAUGGCUGUUCUGCCAGAGAUCUUCAUGCUUGCCGAUGAAAAGAAAUACAAUGGCUUUUAUAACAGGCCUCUUCCUAUCCUGCAACAGUUCCGUUGCUUUGUUCUGGCAGACCUAAAAGAUCUUGAAUCUCAGAGGACGUUUGUUGCCAGUCCAUUUUCUGACACAUUCGUGGUGAAUGUCAGUGAAGUCACAAGGCAAGCUCAGGAGGACCCAGAGAUGUUGUGGGUGGUUGGUCCAGUGCUGGCUGUCAUUAUCAUUAUUGUCACAGUGAUUGCAAUUUUACUCCUUAAAAGUAAACAGGAAAGGAAACACACAUCUUCAGCCAUGGAUGAACACAUAUUAGAGAGAAAAGAUUCCCUCAUGACCUGCAUCACUGAGCCUGUGGAGAUGAGAAGACUAAAAUGCCAGAUAUUAGGGAUGAGGGACUUUCCUCCCAUAUCUGUUUGUGACUUGGCAGACCAUAUAGAGAGACACAAGGCUAAUGACAGUCUACUCUUUUCACAGGAAUUUCAGACUAUUGAUCCAGGACAGCAGCUGACCUGGGAGCAUUCUAAUCUUGAGAUCAACAGAUCUAAGAACCGCUAUGCAAAUGUUAUUGCUUAUGACCACUCCAGGGUCGUCCUCACACUGGUGAAUGGAAUUCCAGGGAGCAGCUACAUUAAUGCCAACUAUAUAGAUGGCUAUAGGAAACAGAAUGCUUAUAUCGCCACACAAGGGCCACUGCCAGAGACAAUUUGCGAUUUCUGGAGGAUGGUGUGGGAGCAGAGGAGCUGCACAAUUGUUAUGAUGACCCGUUUGGAGGAGAAGUCAAGGUGUGACCAAUACUGGCCUAGUCGUGGUACAGAGACAUAUGGAACAAUUCAAGUGACCAUACUGGAAACUUUGGAACUUGCAACUUAUGUCACACGAAUAUUCAGCCUUUACAAGAAUGAAUCAUGUGAGAAACGAGAAGUGCAACAGUUGCAGUUUCUGUCCUGGCCCGAUCAUGGAGUGCCUGAGCAUCCUACCACAGCACUAGCCUUUCUUCGUAGAGCUAGGACAUAUAAUUCACCAGAUGCUGGUCCUAUGGUGGUUCAUUGCAGUGCUGGUGUUGGGCGCACAGGCUGCUUUAUUGCUAUUGAUGCUAUGCUCGAGAGGAUGAAGUACGAAAAGUCUGUUGACAUAUAUGGUUAUGUGACAUGCAUGCGAGCUCAGAGAAACUACAUGGUACAAACAGAGGAUCAGUACAUAUUUGUACAUGAAGCACUUCUGGAAGCUGCAACAUGUGGCAAAACAGAAGUCCCGGUCCGCAGUCUGUACACUCAUCUCCAGAAACUCAUUCAAAUUGUUCCCGGAGAGAAUGUUACUGCCAUGGAACAAGAGUUUAAGAAACUGACUUUGAAUGGAAGUCUUAAAACAUCCACUCAGAGAUGCAUCAGCUCCAACCUACCAUGGAACGCAUUCAAGAACCGUCUGGCAAACACUAUGCCUUUCGAAUCUAACCGUGUCUGUCUGCAGCCAAUCAAAGGCAUAGAGGGCUCUGAUUACAUUAAUGCCAGUUUCAUUGAUGGAUACAGGCACCAAAGAGCAUACAUUGCUGCUCAGGGACCACUGGCACAAACAACUGAAAACUUUUGGAGAAUGUUGUGGGAACACAACUCCACAAUUGUAAUCAUGUUAACCAAACUGCGCGAGAUGGGACAGGAAAAGUGCUAUCAGUACUGGCCAGUGGUGCGUUCUACUCGAUACCAGUACUUGGUUGUUGAUCCAGUGGCUGAGUACAACAUGCCUCAGUACAUACUGAGAGAGUUUAAAGUCACAGACGCCAGAGAUGGUCAGUCAAGGACCAUCAGGCAGUUUCAAUACACUCACUGGCCAGAGCAAGGAGUGCCCAAAACUGGAGAAGACUUCAUCAACUUUAUUGGUCAAGUCCAUAAAACUAAAGAACAGUUUGGACAGGAUGGACCGAUCACUGUACAUUGCAGCGCUGGGGUCGGACGGACUGGAGUAUUCAUCACUUUGAGUAUCGUGUUGGAGAGGAUGAGGUACGAAGGCGUGGUUGACAUCUUUCAGACAGUCAAGAUUCUCCAAACUCAAAGGCCAGCCAUGGUUCAGACAGAGGAGCAGUACCACAUGUGCUACAGGGCAGCUUUGGAGUACCUGGGAAGUUUUGAUGUCUACGCAAUGCAACCUCUCCUUUAAACGCACUCAAGGCAAAUAAAGCCAAAUUAUGUAUUUUUGCUUAAUAAGGAGUAAGUGAGGGGCCAGUGAGGAGAUGACCACUGCAGGAAAACAAGACAAUUACUUGUAUGUGGACUGGUGGUAGAAAUUACACCAAUACCUUCCCAAAGACAAUCCUGAAUCCUCAUUUACUCUUCCUACAUAUACAGAAUAUAUAUUUGUUUACAAUCAUUAUUAACCUUCCUGAGAUAAAACCUAAAGAAACCCUAAAAGAAACAGUGGAUAUAGUGCUUGUUUAUUUUUAAUUGUGCAAGACAAAUUACUGGAUAAAAGAAUGAGACGUUAGUUAUUUUGAGGUAUGUUGGGAUGCAUUCAGACCCAGAUAGUCAGAUAGUCCGGUAGACUAGGUUCGAUUGGGGACUAAAAUUGCAACAUUUAUUAAAUUUUCAGUACUCUAGUUUGCAUUCACUGUAUCAAAUGACUAAAAUUAACUGAAAAAAAUAUUCCCCCAUCACCUGUGGUGGCACUGCACCAAGAUCUACUGAAGAAAUCGACACA